GGGGCUGCAGAACUAGAAAAAUUGCAAAAUGUUAGGUCGCAACGUUUUAUUACUAGUUAUAUCCUUGAGUGCUUGUUUGGCACAGGAUUACUGUGACAGGAGCCUCUGUAAUUACGGCGUCAAACAUAUUGCUUGUCCCCUGGACAACCGCUUUGGUAGCGCCUGUCCGCAGGAUGUCACCGUGAUCGCAUUUGAUCAGAAUGAUAUAAAUAAUGUGGUGAAGGCCCACAAUUUGGUCAGGCAAAAGUGGGCCAAUGGCAGCAAGUCGAACCUCCGAGGAUCCGCCUGCAAGAUGGGCACAAUGGUGUGGGACGAGGAGUUGGCAAAACUGGCGGAACUGAAUGCCAAGAGCUGUGUCAUGCAGCAUGACAAGUGCCACAACACCCAAAAGUAUCGACUUUCCGGUCAGAAUCUGUAUGCAUCUCAGUUCGGGCAAACUGGAGGCUGGGGCACACCAAUCAAGAGCUUUCUCGUAACAGCAGUUCAGAUGUGGGCCAAAGAGGAAAAGGACGUCACAGCCGAGGAUUUGGAGAGCUACCCCAAUUUCCAACCAAAACAAAUCGGUCACCUUACCGUCAUGAUCAACGAGAAGAGCAUUGCUGUGGGCUGUGCCGCAGUGACCUACAAGCUGAACGACUUCUUUCACGGGUUUAAUAUGGCUUGCAACUACGCCUACACCAACAUGGUUGAUCAUAGUGUGUACAGUGUCUGCGCCAAAGGUGGAAGCGAGUGUCCAAACGGAGUGAGCUCCCAAUACGCACCUCUGUGUGCCUAAACAAGAAAACAUAGUUGGAGCAAAUUGUGCCACCAAAUAAAGCAUAAAUACGAGCAUAA